CGCGGCGGCCGUUGUGAGGGGCGGCGGGAGGAUGGCGGGGGGCGGCCGCCGGCCCCGCUGCCCCCCGGGCGCUCUCCUGGGCCUGGCGGCCGUGGUGGUGGUGGCGGCGGGAUGGGUGAGAGCAGAACAGAAGGAAGAGCAAUCUAUUGAUUUAAUUGGAAAGAAUGAAGUUUAUGGUGACACCAGGCAUGAAGUGAAUGUGUAUGUUAAGGUGUUCACAAACAGCCCGUUCCUGGUCUGUAUGGAUUUGGCUCUUUCUCAAGAAAGAAUAAUAGAUCCCAACUAUUUGUGGACGGGUCCAGAUGGAAGAGAUUUACAAGGGCAAAGCUAUGUGAAUCUGACAGAGACAGGGAAACUGAUGGUGAUGGGUUUCAAGGUGUCAAUGUCUGGUGCCUACACUUGUACUCUCUCCCACAAAGUCAUCGAAACCACAACACAGGAGGAAACAGAAAUGGUUGAGGCCUAUAAAUUCAUGGUUUAUGAUUCACACCCAAGCUAUUUCCUCCCAGCCUACAGGGAAGCUGACCAUGCCUAUCAGGUGUCUGUCCGCUUUAGCACAACGGGAUGCAAGCUGAGAAGCAACGGCUUGUUCAUCGAGGUGCUAAAAAAAAUCCUCAACAGCACCAUCUCCCACCUGACCUGCCACAUCACAGAGGCAUCCUACAAGUGCCACUCUAUCAGGACACCAAAGAACGGCCUCCAGUAUGAGCUGUUUGUUAAUUUUCUAGUCAAUCCAUUUGCACCAGGAUGGGAAGGAGUUUGCCACGAGGUUCUUUACGACUGUGAAGAUGUGACAAACAGGAGAGUCCGACAGGCAGCAGAGCAAAUUGGGAAGUUUUUCCAUCAGCUGAGGCACGUUUUAAAGCAUGAGUUUCAGGCUGUUCCUACAAUCCAGUACGUGGACAACAGCUUCUCCAUGACUCCCAUCGACAGCUGUCAGCCAGGUUUUGGGAAAAGCCACCACACCCACCAGAACUGCGCCAGCUGCUGCGCCUGGACAUGAGGAGAAAGGAAAAUCAGGCCUCCCAAGACAAAAGAGAGGAAUAAAGAGGGAAUAUUCCAGAGGGAAGCAGAGAGUCUGCAGAGCCUCUUCCACUUCCUCCUGCUGCAUCUUCCCCCUCAGCUGCACCAAACCCUCAUGCAGGGCCCGGCUGGCCCCAGGUGCUGUAGGAACAGACGAUCCUCUUACACCAGCUGUGAAUUCCCGACGAGUUCACCGGAUGAUACAAAUUGCCAAAGCACUGAGCUAAUGGGAACGUUUUCUUCCCAGAGAAACCUCACCCCAACCCGCUUUGGAAGGUUAGCUGCUGGAUCUGCAGCGAUCCAUCACCCUGCUCACAGAGUGAGUAAAGAUUUUUUGACCACUAUCAAGAAUUCAUGUGUAACUCCAACUGUUCCCCAGCCCCAGCUGAGCCUCAGCUCCUGGAACAUGGGCUUUCAGAACUUCUUUCUAAGCUGUUCCCUGUGGGAGUUUCUACCUUCCAGACUAAUUUUAUUGAGGGACAUCAGAGAACUCAGUUUCUUUGUACACACUGAGCCGUGGAAAGCAGUGCUCAGCUUCCCUCCUUUCUUUCACAAAGGAAAACUAAGUCAAGCAAAAGAAGCAUCUCCCAGUCAACAACCCCAACUUCUUACAACAUCUCGAAAUUCCUUGGUGGGUAUUCAUCCAAAAAUCGACCAGAUUCAACCCAGUUUAACUUAUCCAUAGUGACAGGAACACAGCAGGAGACGGCACGGGCACAGACCCCGCUCCGAGCUUUUCAGAGUCAUUACUUAUUAAGUACUAAGGAAUAAAGUGUGCUGUAAUGAGCAUUUCCACUGCCCUUGGGCUGAUUAUCCUCGCUGCCAACUGGACACCGCGCACGACUCAGGCUGAAACAGAUGAAGCAGCCGGGCUCAGCGGUGCUGCCUGGUCCUCUUGGCCUAUUUCAUCAGGAGGAAAUGCCACAUGCAUCAAUUAUGAGGGAAAAAAGCUGUAAGUACCUACUAAGUGCUGUGGAGAGUCACAAAUGAACUGUACUCCUUCCUAAAAGCUCUUACAGCACCUCCAUUUCUUCAGUGGGCCUCAAACUGAGUGGGAAAAUUUAAGUUGGAUACACGGAUGAUCCUUCCCUGUGGGGGUGGUGAGGCCCUGGCACAGGUUGCCCAGAGGAGCAUUGGCUGCCCCUGGAUCCCUGGAAGUGUCCAAGGCCAGGCUGGGCAGAGCUUGGAGCAACCUGGGACAGUGGAAGGUGUCCCUGCCCUGACAGGGGGUGCAGCUGAUGAGUUUUAAUAUCCCUUCUAACCCAAACCAUCUUGGAAUUUUAUGAUCCUAAAAAUAGUUCAAAUAUUUAAGUAUCACAUUGCAAAGGAGUUUGUGUCAGUAAUUCUGUGGAGGCUCAUAAAAACCUGACAGGAAGUGGCUUCUCUCUGACCUUUCCUGUGUGAAAGUCCUCUGCAUCCGGCUGGAGCCGGGCGCCUGCGGCGGCAGCUGAGCCUUUCCUCGCUGACACCAUCCCUCACACCUCUCUCUUCCCUGUCACACCUCAGGAUAUACAAAUCCCUGUGAUCAGCUCUCACCUCAACUGUUCCCAUCCCUCCCUACCUCCCACAGCUGCAACAGCUCUGCAAGAUCUUUCCUCACUGCUUUAAACUCUCCUCAAAUCCUCCUCUUCUGCUUGACUCUGGCUUUACAGGAGGAAUCAUGGAAAGCUGGGCUGUGCCUGAUGCUCUUGGUGAGGUGGGGCAACUCCAUCACCCCUACAAGGCUCAGCCCUUUGAACCCCCACUUCAACCUGCCCUGGUCCCACAGCUCCAACCUCACUCUGUGCCAAGGACCACCACAACACCUUGAGAACACUGAGGAGUCCUCACAAAUAAUAAAUUUAGAACUUCAAACUUCCUGUCCUCUUCUCCACACAGACCUCCUGGAUCUCAGCACGUACUGACAGCACACGAGAGCUUUGAAACAUCCACAAAUGGCAAAAAUAACAGGAAUAAUCUGCCAGCUGGAAGCUGCAGCCCAUUGUUUUCCCAUCAGAGCUGCCUGGAACAACCCACUUGAGAAACACUUAAGGAACACGUGUUCAAACAUUCACUGCAGAGCUGCAAGCAGUGAUGGGACUCGUCCAUCGGGUGACAGUGACACUUUAGCUCCGGUGGGAAAGUUGUCUUGUAACUCCCUGCAGCAGCUUCAUUAACCCACAAUCGAGAUGUUCCUCUAAAUUUAAGCCAAGAGGAGUUGAAGGAGCCACAGACCUGCCCAGGACACAACUCAUGACCCCUACUCACAGGUGAUAAGGAGAGGGGCUGUGGGAAGCAGGCAGAGCAGGUGCCCUGGGGUUGGCACAUCCCAGGUACUCAUCACACCUGGCAUGGGUGUGGUGCAGCCCUGGCUAAUCCAUUCCCCAGGAAUUCCUCCAAGGACACAACCAGGAACCGUUUCGGUGGAAAGCUGCUUGAAAACAAAGCUUGACCAAGAGUCAGGGGUGUUCCAAGAGUGCCCAGGUGAUACUGAAAGUGCCACAGACACUGGUCCCUGGUGCUUCCACAGGAGGAUGAAGCUGAGCCCCAGACCAUGGAAUCUGAUGGUCCUGGGUCAUCUGAGACAAGAGAAAUACCUGGAAAUACAACAUUUCCCUCUGAGAGUGAAAACUUUGAGGGUCACACAAUUUUAUUAAUUGGUACAACUUUAUCCUAAAAGAACAGCUGUUGGAAAAUGAACCCUGGACUCAGCCAUGCCUGCCUUGGACGAGUGAUGAGAAGGAAAAUUACCAGGGAGUCUGGAGGGGAGUGCGUGGCUGGCUGAACCACUGAGCUCUCAACCACAGGCACAGGAAGUGCUAUUGUGAUUUUUAACUCUGCUUUGUUUUCCUACCCACUGAAAUUAAAUUUUCUCCUGCCCAAGCCCAGUGACCACAUGAUGUGCCCAGCAGCCUUCCUAGAACCACUGGCAUCAUCAAUUAAUGAGUCCUGUGCAGGCAGUGAACAUGGAUGAUUCAUUAUUGGCAGCAAUGCAGCUGUACAUGGAUUUUUUUGGGGGAUGAAAGAAAUAAAUAAGGUCCCUGAGUGAAA